CGCAGAGUAGAGCAGCGCUACCCUGAAGAAGUCUGGGCUGCAGACUGCACGUUCCCAGCCCACCCUCCAGCUUCCACUCGGUGCCCGCAUCCCGACCUCUGCCAGCCCUCGCCCGGCGCGCCCCGCGGCCAUGCAGCGCCGGGCUUGAGGCUGCCCCAUGGCCAAACCUGCGAUCCCAGCUACGACGGCGCAUGGAGAACUUCCGUAAGGUGCGCUCGGAGGAGGCGCCGGCGGGGGACGGCGAUGAGGGUGGCAGCCCGAGCUCCGGCCCUUUCGCAGAUCUGGCGCCCGGUGCUGUACACAUGCGGGUCAAGGAGGGCAGCAAAAUCCGCAACCUGCUGGCCUUCGCCACCACCAGCAUGGCGCAGCCAGCCACGCGCGCCAUCGUCUUCAGCGGCUGCGGCCGGGCCACCACCAAGACCGUCACGUGCGCCGAGAUCCUCAAGCGCCGCCUGGCGGGCUUACACCAGGUCACGCGGCUGCGCUACCGGAGCGUGCGCGAGGUGUGGCAGAGCCUCCCGCCCGGACCCACGCGGGGUCAGACGCCCAGCGAUCCGGCCGCCAGCCUCAGUGUGCUUAAGAACGUACCGAGCCUCGCCAUCCUACUUUCAAAGGACGCGCUGGAUCCGAGACAACUUGGCUACCAGCCUCCGAGCCUCAGUCCUGGUCCUUCGUCCCCUCCUACGGUGUCGACGUCCAAGAGGAGCCUGGGGGAGUCUGCUGCUGGAGAAGGCACAGCUAAGCGGUCUCAGCCUGAGCCAGCAGCUGAAAACGAGGACCAGACUGCCCGAGAACUCCCGGCUCUGAGCCACCUAGACCAACUGGAUCUUAUAUCCUCAACACCCCUACUUCCACACCAACCUUUCACGUCUGGGUUUCAAGAGACCCAUGUUCCUGGACACAGGUCCUCAGAAUGACAGCAUGGAUCCACAGGACAGGGAGCGAGGAUCUCAGAAAUCCAAGGAAACUUUGUGGGGCGAGUUGCCAGAAGCCACAGAACUCCACCCACACCUUUUCUAGGCCAUCCCAGGAUUUUUAUUUAUUUAUUUAUUUUUUUAGGGAAGCAUGGUGGGUAGUGGAACUCUUGAGCCUUCUUGGGGACCCAGAUGUUAAAAAUGCCCAGCAUGCAUGAAGGCUCUUGAAAUCAUCCUUGCUGUUAACCGAGAGCAGGAGCUGUGACGCUGAUUCCUUCAGGGUGGCCACGUUGAAAAUGUUCAGGCCAUAUUCUGCCCACCCAACCCCUAGCAAUUCUCUUUUUACCUUUCCUUCCUCUUAGCAUCACCCCCCCCCCCUUGCAUGGUGGCAGAGAAAAGACCCAGGACAAAACUUGCCAUGCCUCCUCCCCUGGGUGCUUGGAGUCUUGCUUCCAAUAAAACAAA